GUGCGCAUCAGUUCCGACAACAACACAACACAACAGAACUCACUACUCAUUUAAAGAAAUAAAGAAAUAAAACAUAUAGGUCUAACAAUUAUGAACGGAGAAAAAGGGGCUUCAUGCAGAGUAAAGCUAGCAGACCGAGAGUUCGCACUAGGCUACUGCGCGUUUUCUACUGCGGUCACGCUAUCUGUGCUUCAGAUGGCGUGACCGCAGUGCAUUACUGCGACGAGCAGAAUGUGUAAUGUGUACCAACCUGUCUAUGGUACCAAGCAGUUUAGUAGCCUUUUAAAUGGUAGGUUAGCCUAGCGACAAAAUAAAACGUCUAAAAUACAAAUAUCAAGUGACCGGUCGGCUCCAGUCUACAUUUCUUAAGCUUAUCAAGGGAAAUAUGGAUGGGACAACACGGGAUGCGAUUAGUCAAGUUCAGGGUAUCCCAUUUCCAGAGCGGGUGGUGAAGCACUGGGCAAGAGUGGAGCACUUCCAGGCGUCAAAAGAGGAUUUGCUCAUUGCUACAUAUCCUAAAGCAGGAACCACAUGGACACAGGAAGUAGUGGAUGCUAUCCUGAAUGAAGGAAAUAUGGAAAAGUGCAGGCGCGCGCCCACUCAGGUGCGCAUGCCCUUCUUGGAGAUGACAACCUCAGACGGUUUAUAUGCUGGUAUAACUAAGCUGGAGGUUAUGGAUCCGCCUCGUGUUAUCAAGACUCAUCUUCCUAUCCAACUUGUGCCUUGUUCUUUCUGGGAGGCUGGUUGCAAGGUUAUAUAUAUGGCCCGUAAUCCGAAAGACACUGUGGUUUCAUAUUAUCAUUUUGACCGCAUGAAUCUUACCCAGCCAGAGCCCGGCACUUGGCAACAAUAUCUGGAAAAGUUCAUGACCGGGCAAUUGGGUUGGGGAUCCUGGUAUGACCAUGUUAAAGGAUACUGGAGGGAAAGGCAAAACAAGAAAAUCCUUUACACAUUCUUCGAAGACAUGAAAGAGGACCCUGUUCGUGAAGUAACCCACAUUGCUCAAUUCCUCGGAAAGCAGUUAUCAAAAAGUGUGAUAGAUCACAUUGUGCAAAUGACCGCUUUUUCUGCCAUGCGAGAAAACCCCAUGGCAAACUACUCAACUAUCCCAGACACAAUCUUUGAUCGUACCGCCUCAGAGUUCAUGAGAAAAGGUGAGGUUGGUGACUGGAAGAAUCAUUUCAAUGCAGAAGAGGAUGCUGCUUUUGAGGAACAUUACUGCAAAUUAAUGGCUGACUGUCCUAUUCCAAUACGGUUCACAAUAUGAAAGCGCUUUUCACAAUAUAGAUUGCAUCAAAACAGCUUUACAGUCUAUUUCCUAGUCCAGGAAACACAAUUACAAUUUCCUAAAUAAAUUAAUAUAAUUAAUUACAUGUAA